UCCAGCUACUACUUCCUCCUCAAAACCGAAAACAUCCAGCCGUUGAUCGAUGUGGUCGACCAAAUCACCCGCCAGAUCAACACAAACCAAGCCACCAUCCAGCGAUUGACUCGUUAUGUGGACGAAAGGGUCAAGUUUCCCGAGCUUGAGCUCGAGCACACUAGCGAGCCAGCUCGUGAGGAACCUACAGACCCAUUGCGGUACUUGCUCAAGGAGAAGUACUCGCUAGACACCAUGAGUCUAACCAAGAAUGAGACGAAAGAGCUCGAGAAAAUUGCUAACAGCCGGAUCCGCCAAUUGGUGCUGGACAACAUCAAGCUCCAGCGCAUCCAGCAUGGCAAUCGGAUCAAAAACCAGGCAUUGGCACGGGUGGUGCAGGACUACGAGUCGCUUAUUGUGGAGACCAUAUUACCUCCUUUGAGGCAAGAAUUGCUGGAAUUGGGCGAUGGCGGGUUAGACAGCAGCGCUCGCCACUACAUGGAUGUCAAAUACGACAAGAUUGAGCGGAUUUACGGUCGCUACGUGGCCAAUCUCGAAGCGCUCCAGAACUUGACGGGAGUGGUAGAGAGACUCAUGGGAUUUCUUGGUCACGACAACGAGGAGUACUUGCAGUUGUACCUGCAGUUUGUGGGGUUGCGGCACUUGCGA